AUGGAGGAGAAUGGUAAGCUGACUUGGAAUAUUAGAUUAAUCUGUCAUUGUAGAGGAACUUGAUUACGAGACCUUGGAGAACACCAUCGACUUGGGGGAGGUCGACGAAGAAGGAGAGGUCGAGGAGGAGGAUGGAGUUUUGGUGGAGCCAAACGAGGUGAGUUUUUUUAGUUUUUUGGUGGGGGUUCAAGUAUGUAGAAUAUAUAUUACUUUUGUAGUAUUUACUGUAAGGUAGUACUAGUGUUAGUACUAUUUUUUAUGUUGGUACUGAACCACCGUCUUAUUGUUCUCGUUCGCUGUGUAGAAGAAAGUCUUUGGCCGACUUGCCCUAAGGCACUUGGCCAUGCAAUCCCUCCCUUUUUUGCUUUGGUUUAUCUGCGAAUGGAAAAGCGUUUUUAGGGCCGUAAAAUGGGCCGCUUUUAAAGAGAGAAGGUGCGGACGCCCUCAGGCGAGAUGUGUUUCAAAUAUUCAAAUGAAAGAUAUUGUCUUUCCGUCCGCGGAAUCCUGGGAAGCGAAAUAAGAGAUGUGCCAUAGUCGGAAGGGUCUUUGCUUGAUUAACUAAAACAAUAUGCAUUCGCUACAGUUGCUAUGCACUUUUCCCGAUUAUUCAAACGUUUCGAAAUGGUUUUCGAAAUCUGGCUGACUUACCUUCUCUACAAGAUGAUAUGACUUUAGUCGUUAGGUAGGGGUUCCAUAAGAAAAUAUCAUCUGGCAUGGUGUAUAUCAUGAGUAAGAUAUACUUAUUGUUAGACUCAUAUUAUAAACUAACGCCGGUUUCCUAGUGUUCUCAGGUUACAGAAAUAGCUCUACCGUAACUUUGUUUUGUUAAUGGACUUAAAGUUUAUCGCCAUUCCGGCUGAAUGCUUUAUUCAUUACUUUUAAAUGAGGUUUUUAGUACGUGAUCGUGCAGUACCAGGGAGAGGAAGCCGUCUCUUCAAGAGAAUGUUUUAUAACUACUCGUACCUAUAUUUAGUAGUUUUCGGCCGCAGCUGUAGUUUUGAGUUGUUGUAAGUGUUUUUGUAGAAUAGACAGUACAAUAGAAUGUUCAUGAGAGCUCUAGGUACAUUGAGGUUAAUUUAAAGGUAUCAAAACAUUUUUCGGAUCAUGUUAGGUUGAGUUUGGCAUAGACGACAUAGUGGAAUUAAAAAAAUUAAGAAAUAGGCGAACUGUUUUAAGAUAAAAAAACUUACUGUACUAUAAUAUUUUAGGCGUAAUUUUUAAUGUUACAGUAACAAUAAAUUUAAAAAAGAUUAAAAUGAGUUAAGUUGCCUAUGCCGACGCUUUAUCCUAGUUAGCAUUACGUUGAGUAAAUGAAUCAGAAAGUCUCUUUUUGAGCUACAGAUUGAUCUAUUGGACUGGCUUCGAAGCCGCGAGCAAAAAAACUUAUCACGACGGCGGAACCCCUGAGGGCAAGUACUCGACCCUAAUCUUGUACUCAUCGCGAUCUCGGCGCUAUUAAAGAGAAUAAAAAUGUUUGCUCACUCCAGCUCUGGUUGCAUUGCACUCUCUUUCAAGAUUUCCGAUUUGGUUUUUGCAUGGUUCGGUUGAAGACCGGGCGCAUAAAGGAGUACUGGCGGGGGGAGAAUGAAUGAAGAAGGAGUGUUGUUUUCCGUCUUGCUCCGAGUUAACUACGCACACUCCGUCAUCUUCCGCCUCCUUUCCGUCGUCCCGAAAAGGCGUUAUGAACCGAAAUUCCCUGGUUUUUUGCGUGUCUCAUAAAUCCGGAGAAGGGCGCGCCUCGCGUAUCCUCGACGGAUAAUUAGGCGGUUGUUGGUCUACUUUCCCCGUCGCCUUCUCUUUUAAAUGCUCUCCCUUUAAUGGCCACGUUAGACGGACAGUUCAGCCAGUUUACAGCCCAUUGUCAAGGUCGUUGGUGUAAAAGUUGCGACCGCGAUUUGGGAGAAUCCCAUUUCUGUAUAAUUUGAUCUGUUCCAGGCUUGCGAUUGUCAUGGAAUUGUGAUGGUGUAGCGAGUUUGCCUACUUUUGUCACGUUUCGCUAGUACGUUGGCUCUUUGCAACAGUAAUUGUGAUUCUUUUUGUUAUAACUAUCAUCUAAGGCUUCAUCAGCUUAAGAUUAUACAGGAUUGCAUAAUAGAUUAUAUUGAUGUAGUCGUUGUCACAAUACGCCAAUAGACAGGGCUCAAACUAUAAUUGUAAAACUUGCCAAUCAAACCCAUACGUUCGGCCGAAAAUGUGGCAUACUUUGCCAACUCUACGCCUCCCCAUCCAGGUCGGAAUGAUCCAGAUGGUGGGGAAUAAGAGUAUUGGAUUGGGCCUUUGAUCGCGCAUUGCCUUGCCUUUUCCUCGCCCUGAGGGCCGUUUCCUUUAAUCCUUUUAAUUGAAACAUGUGCAGUUUGGGGCAGAUUCACACGGAUUACUUUGGCUUUCUAUUUUUUGUUCACUUUUAUGCUUGUUGGACUUUUCGACAUCAGAAGGCGAGUGGUGGUGUUGGCUGCCCGGGGUCAAGCUUUUCCGGCCGGUCAUUCCUACUGGGGUGCGAAACAAGACAAAAAUGCAUGGGGCUUUUAAAAUGAGAUGUGGCGCUCUUUUGAGGGUUGAAAAUUGCUUUUUUGGGUUUUUGGCGGAAACGGAGAUAAUGUGAAGGCACAAGUUAACUUCAGUAAUGCCAUAUAUCAAACUUUCUGCAAGUAUCGUGAACUCCAGAAUUCUAUUUUGGGAUUGAGGUUGUGAAAAGCAUUUGUGCAAGUUGAAUUGGGCAUGUUUCUACGGAUAAAGGUCUAAAAGUUUAACUUUUAUACAAUAUUUUACAAUAAUUUAUCGAUUUUGCUGGAGAUUUCGCUAGUAUCAUUGAUGGUUGACUGUAGUAAGACUUGAUUGGUUAAAGUCGAAAACUAUCAAUUUUUCUGAUAGAAAGCUUUAAAAUGCGGCUACAGAAAACCUCAAAAGCGGCUAAAGUAAAACUUUACGAAGUGGAUUUGGAUAUUGCAAACUGCGCGUUUUACGAGCAAAGUAGUACGUUUAGCUGGAUUUAUGGCCGCUUUAUGACUAUGGAAGUGAAUGGGCGGCAGGUUAAAGAGCUGGAGGUCAACUUCCGUAAGUGGAUCGGAGCACAUUUCCGGAAGCAGACAACGUGCAAACGGCCUCGCCCCACACUUUUCUUCAUUCUCCCCUCACCUCAAAUUUGUGUACUGGCAUCGCUGACCGACCGCACUCUUUUUUUGUCAUUCUUUUCGACUGCCUGAAGCACUACGCCGCUUUUCUAAUUCGGUGCGCGAAGCUCGGGGGGAGAACGAAAACGAGCGGACUGGAGGCGGGGGACGGCCUCUGAUGUUGCGUCCCCUUUUCAGCCUUUCGCCGCAUCAAUAUGGUCCCGCCCACUGGUUCUGCAUUCGGACCGCACUUCUUGCACAGUCUGCGUGAAGCCGUCCAACAGACGGCCUGGCUUCAGAAUUCGUAACGGUGGCUACACUUGAUCUGGAUUUCGGUUUUCGUGGGUUGAUUAGAAUAGUUUAGGUGUUGGUCUCAAAAGGUUGAUUUGGUCGAGCUUUCUGUUGAUCUUAGGAUGACAAACCUGAUUUCUGACAUUAUUUUGUUCUGCUACUGUACUAAAAUCUUAAAUUUGAAUCUAAAUCUUCUAACCUACCCCAAAGACAAUGAACUCGCCGCCUGGGACUUGGUCUCAACCUGGGACUGAUGAUUGGGCAUAGGUGAGCAAAGUUUCAGGUGUGCGAGAGUCAUUGUCCAAGGGGAUUACCACUUAAUUCUACACUGCAAAUUGGGAUUAAACUUCUCAGAUUGUUUAUGACGCAAUUUUUGUUUAGAGUCAGGGGGAAGAACCGGGCCGAAGUCGCGGCGGAGAGGAGGAGGACUACACUUUGGAGGUCCGUGAGGUUUCUCGAUCAAAGUUUAAUAUUACCGAUGUGGAGGAGCGUGAAGAGGUGGGUUCUAUUUGAAUAUUGCUCUAAAUUUUACUGCCUAAUGAUUUAAAUGUGUUUUUAAUAGAUUUUGAGUAUAUGAGCUUGUAGGUGACACCUUUUUAGCUAAGAAGUUGAAUUAUUUUGUUUUAUAUUUUAAAUUUAUAUAGUAUUUACAUACACAUUUUUAAUAGAUAUUACGAUAGUUUUGUCUGCCCGCAGCGAGGGGAUCAGUGAUCUCGUUUCCCUGUGAGAUAGCGACAGUUGUUCGCGCACUAAUGCGCUCCCUGCGACCAAUGGUUGAAUUUGCUACUGUAUCUUUUUAACAAAUCACGGGUUUUGUUUAGGUGACCGAAAGGGAUAUCCAAGAUCUCUACGAUUCGCUGCAAGUGGAUCUGUUGGAUGAGAAAGUACGUGCUACAGCUUUGUUUGUACGAUCGUUGACAGCACUCACGGUCUACGAGUUGGAGAGGUAAGAAGAUGAUUUUAAAUGAGGAUUUAAGUUUUUUUAAAUGUCAAUUUGUAUUUUUUGGUAAUUUUAAGGUUUAAGCGAAUUUUUGAAUUCAAAAAUGUUUGUUUGGCAUUUGUGGUUUCAACGCGCCCUUUACAGAUGGAUAUUCACAUUCACGAGUUGCAGUUGCGCAAACAAAUAAAUUUAAUGUGUUAAGAAGCGCAACAAAUAAAUCAUAUAGGUCUUGGCUUAAGUUAUCUUUACAUUCAAAGUAAUUUCGAACAUAUCCCAAUUUGGUGGCCAAGUUGAUUAACCCUGCAUGUAAUUAUCCCCCUAACUUUGCACGGAACCGACGAAAACAUAUUUGCGAAGGACGUGGUAUCAGGCCACAGUCAUGUCAUCCAUCUUGUGUCCAAAUUGGGAAUGCGCGAGUCGCUUUCGUGUUUUAUACUCGGAUGGUUUUGUGUGCAGCUAAUUAGGGGAAUAAUGAAGGCUUUGUUACGCUGCUUACGGCCGCGGUCUUCCUGAAAACCGAAGCCGUCUUCGUACCCUUGAAUCUUUCUACCCCUCCCUCGCUGGAAUCUUUUUGUGACUUUUCUUUAUGACCAGACAACAAGCACAUCUGGCUAUAAAGGCGACCGUGCGCGAGACCAACCCCACCGCCGUGCCUCGGGCUGAUUAGGUAUUGCUUGGGCCGAAAACGGAAAUGCUCACAUUCUCUGGCCGCGGCCGUGUUCGCUCUUUGGCCGACCUACUGAUUCGAGGAUAAGGCCUUAUCUCAUGCACGCUCCGCUGCCUCCCACAUCAACAGCUCCUUAAAAUUGACAUCUGAGACGCACCGAAAUUGAGAUGAAUCUUUUCAGGAUUUUCGCGGAAUACGAUCCCAUCAGAUGUGCCCUCCUCGACGCGAACAGUGGCGUCGUCCGGUUCAAGGGAGCCUUCGACGCGGCCGAAGCCUUAAUUAAAGCCACCAAACAGUUGGUUCGGAUCCGUCAAGUCGAUCAACAAGAGGAUGGCGAGGUAGACGACGAAGAGGAAGAUCACGAAGGAAACGCCGUCCGAAAGGAGAACGGCGAAACAGUUGUGGUAAUUAGAAGUAGGUUCUUUAAAGAAACGGUGUCAUUUCGAACCGGUUUUUGGGUAAUUUCUUUUGAGUAUUACUUUUGGUAUUGCUUUUGUCAAAUCAAACUUACUUUGAGGAGAAAUGGUUACUUUAGUUUAAAUUUAUAACUAAAAUAUUGGUGAAAGUUGAGGUCGCUGCCCGACCGACCACACUCGAGCUGUCUAAUUCGUAUGCUUUGUUCAUAUUCUCUAAUCCAAUUUGUUGCGUUUGCCAAAGGAAUAAGAAUUUUCACGCAAAUAUAACGCAAAUAUUUGGUGUCUUCGGCAGGCAGGACGGUCGUGAUUAGAGGGCCUCGACUUGAAGUACCGUCUUCGAGAUGAGUGGGGCCGGUGGAGGGGUGGAUGGAUGGGUAUAGGCAGGUAGAGAGAUACCUAUCCACCGCAAUUAGACUCGUCGCAUGAAGGCUUUGUUACCGCUCCCGUUUGUUAAUUGGUGGGGUGCGGAUUUUGAUUGGGGGGAUGUCUCUCGCCCCUCUUCGCCCUCUUUGUUAUUGUUGGUCAUCAACCUUGGGCAGGGGGCGACGAUCGGCUCGAAUAACAAUCACCUAUACAAACAUCACCUCUCUCCUCUCCACUCACUAAUAGCCGCCCCACUCGGUUCAUAAAAACACCAAAAACAGCAAGAUACUACUGUAAACUUACAGCAUAACAGGAUACGUUAGCGAAAGCAAUGUUUGUACACUUUGUACGGCUGAACUCUGGCUUUGUAUGAGUGCUAACUGGGAAGUACAUAAGUUAUAGCAGGAUUUCAACAAAUUGUUAAACUUGGAGGUUGUAAAGUACGAGCACAUUUAUACUGCAAGAUAUCUUACAAAACAUACUGAAACACAAGAGCAAGAGGUCAUGUUUGAUCUAGGUCCCGAAAGUGUUGAGCGAAGAAAGGAACCAAUAAUGGAUAUCUGUUUGCACUAAACAGUUAAUCCCUCCCCCCUAAAUUAAGUAUUUAUUCGGGCCUUGUUUGGAGGUGGUUAUUUGGCCUCGGGAAUGAGGUCAUUCGGCCCUUUACGACCUUCCAGAGACUUAUUCUGACCAGUUGUCAAGCUUGUCAACUAAAGGCAUGUCUUCAUACCAUUUCUCCCUUUUAUGAGCGUCUUUUAUUCCGUCCCCUGAGGGCUUUUAAAUCCGUCUCCAGCCUGAAAUGUUUGCAAAAUGCGGUCAUUUGCAAGCAUCUUGAUAACGUUGGUGUAUUUACAAUGACUAACAACAAACAGUAUAUUCCAGGCCAAUAAAAGUGUCAUCGUCAUGUAUCAAGUUUUCGAAAAAUAGUUAACAUAUUAAGUAUUUUGAAUUUGAAAAUAGCCAAAAAUGAGUGGUUACUUAAUGUUAUGGUAACAUAAUAUACAGUAUGACAAUCCAUUGUCCAUUAUUUCUAAAAUAGUACACUUUGGUACAUGCUUUAAUGUCACCCUACUUCAGAUCCGGACCACAAAGCUGCGUCGAACGUUGUUGAACUGGACGUGACAAAUGUGACCAUCCCCGCAGGCAACUGGCGCUUUGUCACCCAACAUGUCCCCAAAGAUCGGUUCGUAUUCGCGAGACUGGCAACCGGCUUUGAGCUCCGUACCGCCAUGAUUAAUCCCUACAAGAAGGAGAUCAGCGAGCACCGUCAGAGUUCGCAGGACGAGUACGAUAACAAGAACGACUACAAACGAAAGAGGCUGCGACCUGGACUGAACGUCUUCGACGAGCACGGCAAGGAACUGGACUGGGAUUACGAGCAUGAUACUCGAUUCUACGAAGCCGACGAGGGUGAACCCAGCACCAAAAAGAUGGCUAAAGGGCCAGAAGAGAUCGAGGUUGAGGGAAAGAAGGUGAGAAGUCGCGGCCGAGGCACCAAAAAAUUCAUGGCCGCUUUGUUGGACUCUGACUAA